AUGCUCAAGCGCCUCGCCUUAAAGCCCGUGGUCGCCAAAAACGGCGUCGAGGCGGUCGAAGCAGUCGAGAAGACCAAGUUCGAUAUUAUCCUCUCCGAUAUAUGCAUGCCUCUCAUGGACGGGUUGACUGCCACUUGUCUCAUCCGCGAGUACGAGCGCACGGGCGUGUUUCCGCGCGAAGCCAUUCAGAAAGCGCGCGCCUCUGGCGCCCCCGCGGGGAACGAGAAGGAGGGCGCGGCGAACUGGAGCCCUGGGGACGGCGCGGCGGGGGAAGGCGGAAGCGAAGGCGGGGAUUUCCGCCCGCGCACGCCGAUUAUCGCGGUGACCGCGAACGCGCUAGCCGCGGACCAGGAGCGGUGCGCGGCCGCGGGAAUGGAUGGGUUUCUUGCGAAGCCUGUUAAUUUCCCGAAGCUUAAAGAGCAGCUAGUUAAGUACGGCGUGCUGGCUCCGGAAGGAGCGGCGGCACCGGCUGCGCCGGCGGCGGCUCCCGCCGCAGCCGCGCAAAGGGCAGGCGGAGCUGGCGCGGGGAGAGGCGGGGGGAGGCCGCCGAUAGUGGAUUCGGACGACGAGGAGGGGAGUGAAGAUGAGGAGGAGGGGGAGGAGGAGGAGGAGGGGAGCGAAGGCGAGGAAGGGGAGGAGAGUGAGGAAGAGACGGGGAGCAAGCGGGUCUCUGGUGCAGCCCGCGCAACACCGGCGGCAGCAAAAGUGGCAUCGUCAGCAGCAGCAGCAGCAGCAGGAGGAGGAGGAGGAGGAGCUGCUGCUGCAGCCACGUCAUCGCCUUCGUCACCUGAGGGUCAGGUGAAAGCUGGUGCCGGUGCAGCUAACAGAAGCCCGGUAAAAGGCUCACGGCGCGACGAGGAAGACGACGAGGGGGAGGAGGAGGAGGGAGACGAGGAGGAUGAGGGGGAGGAGGAGAUAGCGGAUAAUGCGGAGAGGAAGCUUAAGGAAUCUAAGACUCGAGGCGAUUCCCCUGCUGCACCGCCGACAGCAGCAGCAGCAGCAGCAGCAGCAGCUGCAGCGGCUUCUGAGGGGAAUGGAGUGAUGGCGAAUGGGGUAGCCAAUGCAGCUGAGCGAGGGGCCGAUGGUGGGGCGAAGGAGGCUGGAAAGAAGGAGCAGGAGAAGGAGGAGCAGAGGAGGCGGAGGGAGAGGCAGAAGAGCAUGGAAGAGGGGUUGCUAGGUGCCCAGGCUGCUCUGGCUGCUGUUCGGGAGACGCGAGAGAGGGAGAUAGAGGAAGAGCGAGCUAGAGAAAGACAGAGGGUGGAGGAGAGGGAGAGGGAGAGGGAGAGGGAGAAGAAGGAGAGGGAAAUGGAGAGGGAGGUGAGGAAGGAGAGGGAGAGAGAGAGGGGGGAGAGGAAGGAGAGGGAGAGAGACAGCAGCAACGGCAGUAGGAGGAGCGGUAGCGCGAGCAGGCACAGGGAAGCGCGGGGCGGGGAAGGCGGCGAGGGCAGGAGCGAUCUGAGCAGGAGCAGCGGCGGCAGCAGCGGCGGAUUAACUCACGAGGAACGGAGGGAGCGCAGGCGCGAGCGGAAAGCAGCUGAAGCCACUGCUGCCGCCGCCGCCGCCGCAGCCGCUGCAGCAGCAGUCGCAGCAAUGCCAGGUUUCUCCACUUCCUCCUCUUCUCACCACCACCGCCACCACCGGCGCCAGCAGCAGCAGCAGCAGCAGGACCCAAGGAGCGGCCUGUUGACUAAAGGCGUCUUGAAAGGUAAUGGUCGUGGGGAGGAGCGAGCAGAUUUGGAUUCACAGGUGCCGUAUGUGCAGCAGUGGGUGGAGCAGGUAGGUGCUCUUGGUCCGUUGGGUCAAUACGGCCUCUCUGGUGCUGUCACUGCUGCUGGGGAAGGGAAAGGGGACGGGAAAGGCGAAGGGGAAGGGGCAGCGCGGCGGGUUUCGCCCCUGGGGAGAAGGGCGGAUGGGGCGUGUGCUUCUGGUGUGAGAGCGGGGACGGGGGUGGGGGGGGAGCUGGUGUGGAGAGAGGGAGGGGGAGACAUUGGCCUGGUAGCGGUUGGGAGUGCUGCAGGAGUGGGAGGUGGGAAGGAGAAACGCCUGUCGCGGCGACACAGGAGGCUGUCUGGAGAGUUCUCUUUGGAAGGAGUGGGAGAGAGAGUGAGGGGGGGGGACCGGCUGCAGCACCAGCUGCUCUUGCAGCAGCAGCAGCAGGAAGAGCAGCAGCAGCAGUACCAGGAGCAGCAGCAAUUGAUGGCACGAGCAACACAUGCCGCUGCUGCCGGCACCAACGGGAGCUACGACAGCUGUGGCAUGGGCUUAGGCAUGGGCAUGAAGGAAGGAGGGCAAGUCAGGAAAGUCUCGCCAGUGCCACAUAGGCUGAGAGAAUCAGCCAUGGCUGCUGGUAUUGGUGGUGGUGGUGGUGGUGGUGCAGAUGAAUUGAUGGAUCCUGGAUUCGACCAAGAGGGGGGUCCGUCUGUCUAUGGAGCCAUUUUGUGGCCUCACGGCCCGUCUUACCAGACCGGCCUGGGAGCCAGUGGGCUUAGCAGCCAUGGGAUGAAUGCUGCUGGCAUGGGCCGGAACGGGGAAGCUGCUGCGUCAGCAGCAGUAGCAGCAGCAGCAGGAGGCAAGUCGUCUCUGAUGUAUGGUCCUGGGAGCAAGUCUAUGAGCUCCCUUGGGCGCCGACAGUCCAGCAAUCUGUCUGCGACUGCUGCUGCAGCGGCAGCGGCGGCUGCGGCUGUGCCUAUAGGAGUGCGGGAGGCCCUGUGGGAUGAGAGCAAUGGUGGUGGCGGGUCUCGGUCUAACAGCCCGUCUGCUGCUCUGCGCCUGCUGCAGCAGCAGCAGCAGAUAGCGGGGAUGAUGGGACAUGGUGGUAUGGAGGGAAUGGGAAUGGGAAUGGGAAUGGGGAUGGGGAUGGGGAUGGGGAUGGUAGGAGGGAGAGGGGAGAAGUGGGCUAGGGAGGAGGCGCUAGUAGCAGCAAGACUGGAGCUGCAGCAGCGCGUGCAGAGGAAGAGCAGGGCUAAUGCUCCACUUUCUGCCAGACCACCCGCAAAGUCACCCGUCACACCUCGCGCCACGGCCGGGACCAGUAAUGUCGGUCUGCACGUCGACUAUGACACUGACGAGGACGACACGGAGAAGGAGACUGCGGAUGGCGACGAUGACGAGGAUUUCGAGUUUGAAGAACCCGACGAGGCGUGGUGCGGCGACGCGGAAUAUGGUGGCCCGCGUGAUGCUCGCCCCGUGGUGCCGGCCGCGGCAGCAGAGAAACGAGGCUCUAGUAGCCGCGUCGAGGCUCGCGGGAAGGGAAAGGGCAGUCACCAGGCUGGCGCGAAGAAUGUCGACUGUUUGGGCACAGGCCCGAAAUCGGACUGGACGGCCAAAGAGUCAACCAUAUUGUGCGCCGCGCGAUGGUUCACCAAGGAGGAGCUCAACCAAAUGACGGGAAAACAGGGGUCGCAGUAUUGGUUGCGCCUCAUCGAACACAUUAAGAAGAAGCAUCCCGAUUGGUGCAGGAAUGCCAACGCCUGCACCAAUCAGUGGAAGCGACUUAAAGCGCUGUGGAAGCAGAUCGAGAUCGGGGAUUCGGCAUCUGGAGGCGGAACGGUGAUAAAGCCUCCGUGGUGGCAGUGGAUGGUGCUGUUCUACGAAGACACUGCUGCGGCCGAGCCUCACGAUCUGGAUAAUGGCGGUGCAGAUAACGUGACAGUGGACCCUGGCGUCAAGAUUCCCAAGCCGGAGACUACUGCUGCCACAACAACGCCUGUUCGUAACACCCCGCCCAGUGCACGACGCCGUAUUAAUGAGACGGCGACCAUGGUAGCCGCUCAACUGUUGGCCGACACAUUCACCAAGUGCUCCCAGGAAGGCGUAACACAAAUCACCGGAGCGAUACGCGAGUGGAUGGCCUCCCAGCAGUCAACAACAAGCCGUCCGCUCAACGUCGGAAGCAACCCCGCGGAUGAAUCAGGGCCGACCGGCGACAAUACCGACGUCGGUGAUGAAGUCACUUACGACGUGGAGGUGUGGCAUCGCCGCUCCGACGUCGCUUAA